CUUUUUUUUCCCUCUUUUAUACUCUCCCCCUUACUGUUUGAGAAAGCAUCGAAGAAGAUGAAGCUCCUCUCUACAUUUCGAUUUACUUACCUUAACCGUCGAGGAACCACCACUUUCAGAUCGUUGGUUGAUGGAUCCUUCAUCCCCAAGCCAUCUCCAUCCUCAAUCUUCUGGCUAGCGAUUCACUCUCUCUGCUGCUUAAUCAGCUUGAUCCUAGGGUUCAGAUUCAGCCACGUACUCCUCUUCUUCCUCUCCUCCACUUCCUUCACAACACCCGAAGUAAACCUAAGCCACCUCCUCCAAGUGAAGCCUAACGUCACAAUCACAAACUCUCGAGUAACGGUUGGAAGACACGGGAUCCGGAUCCGUCCCUGGCCCCACCCGAACCCGACCGAAGUCGUGAAAGCUCAUCAGCUACUCAAGAGAGUACAAAACGAGCAGAAGUCUCUCCACGGCGUCACAAACCCUAAGACCGUUAUCGCAGUGACUCCGACUUACGUAAGGACGUUCCAAGCGCUUCAUUUGACAGGUGUCAUGCACUCGCUGAUGCUCGUGCCUUACGACGUCGUGUGGAUCGUGGUGGAAGCUGGCGGGAAGAGUAACGAGACGGCGUCGUUUAUCAAAAAAUCAGGAUUGAAAACGAUUCAUUUAGGAUUCGAAGAGAAGAUGGUGGAUACUUGGGAAGGUAGAAGGAGGUUGGAGAGUAAGAUGAGGAUUAAAGCUUUGAAGGUUGUUAGAGAUGAGAAGUUAGACGGAGUUGUUGUGUUUGUUGAUGAUAGUAAUAUGCAUAGUAUGGAGUUUUUCGAUGAGGUUCAGAGUGUGAGAUGGUUUGGUGCUGUCUCCGUUGGAAUAUUAUUAGCUCGUUCUGGUAAUGAGUUGUCGAUGGUGCCGAUACAAGGACCUAGUUGUGAUUCCUCUGGGAAGGUAGUGGGGUGGCAUGUUUUUGAUACGAAGCCUUAUGGUACUAAUGGUAAGGGGGGUGUGAUGAAGAUGAUGAUGGGUAGUAAGAUGGAGUGGGCAGGGUUUGUGUUGAAUUCUAGGUUGGUUUGGGAGGAGGGUGGUGGUGAUGAUAGACCGAGUUGGGUUAAAGAUGUUGAUAAGUUGUUGGAUGGUGAUGAAGGGGUUGAUGAUGGUGUGUUGUCUCUGGUUAAGGAUGCUUCUAUGGUGGAACCACUUGGGAGCUGUGGGAGGCGUGUUUUGCUUUGGUGGCUUAGGGUUGAAGCUAGAGCUGAUAGCAAGUUCCCACCUGGAUGGAUUAUAAAGUCCCCUUUAGAUAUAACAGUGGCAUCAAAGAAGACACCAUGGUCAGACUCUUCCUCAAAGCUCCCAGUGGUGACCAAAGAAACAAAAAACAGUAAACCAAGAGGAUCAAAGGGCAAGAGCUCUAAGGGAACAUAAGAACGGGAAGCUUUGGAUGGUAACAAAGUAUCAGCAACUCGUUGAAGGAUAUGAAACGAAUAAGCUUGAGUUUUCAUAUUCUUUUUUUCACGGUAGAUAUCAAAAGAAAUUGUUUGGUGUGCAUUGGCUUCAUUGUAAACAAUACAAAAUCUCAUGAGCUUUUCAACUGAAAUGCUAAAAAUCAAAAUUUGGAAGACAAUAGUAUCUGAUAUGGAUGAUGAAAUCUUUUCACUUUUUCUUCAGUUUCUUUUUGAGGUUAGUUAUCAUCUUAUCCUGAGCCUCAACCUCAUGUUCCUUAGCUUUGAGCUUCUCCUUCAGUUCUUCAAUUUCCUUUAAAUGAGACUCAACCUCACUUUCCUUAGCUUUCAGCUUCUCCUUCAGAUCUUCUUGGCUGCUGCAAUGGUUUGCAUUCUCUUCUCUAGUCAUCUCAGAAUCAUUCUCCCUCUUCUGUCUUUUAGAACCCACUUUGAUCUCCUCUGUGUUACU